CUCGGACGUUCCUACCCUUUCCGGUGGGCGGUGUCAGCGCUCCCGGUCUGCGGCUCGGUGAUCCCGGAUCCCAGCAGGCAGUGGGGCGGGCGCUCGGCCAUGAUCUCCGCCGGCCUGGAAGUGUCAGAGCCAGGAAGCAGCCUGGGAGUGAGGGGCCCGGUGUAGCCCGGAUCACACGCUGCGGGGAACAUGUCGGCCAAGGUGCGGCUGAAGCGGCUGGAGCAGCUGCUGCUGGACGGGCCCCAGAAGAAUGAGGGGGCCCUCAGCGUGGAGACCCUGCUGGACGUGCUCCUGUGUCUCUAUACGGAGUGCAGCAACUCCACCCUGCGCCGGGACAAGUAUGUCAGCGAGUUCCUGGAGUGGGCAAAGCCUUUCACUCAGCUGCUGAAGGGGAUGCAGCUACACCGGGAUGACUUUGAGAUUAUAAAAGUAAUAGGACGGGGAGCAUUUGGAGAGGUUGCUGUGGUUCGCAUGAAGAGCACAGAGCGCAUUUAUGCCAUGAAAAUCCUGAACAAAUGGGAAAUGCUCAAGAGAGCAGAAACUGCCUGUUUCCGGGAAGAGCGGAAUGUUCUGGUAAAUGGAGAUUGCCAGUGGAUCACUACAUUACACUACGCCUUUCAGGAUGAAAACUAUUUGUACUUAGUAAUGGAUUACUAUGUGGGAGGGGACCUCUUAACGCUGCUCAGUAAAUUUGAAGACCGGCUCCCGGAAGACAUGGCCAGGUUUUAUCUUGCAGAGAUGGUGCUGGCUAUACAUUCUAUUCAUCAGCUACACUACGUCCACAGGGAUAUUAAACCGGAUAACGUCCUCCUCGACAUGAAUGGCCAUAUUCGACUUGCAGACUUCGGGUCGUGUUUAAAGAUGCAUGAUGACGGCACUGUGCAGUCUUCAGUGGCCGUGGGGACCCCCGACUAUAUCUCCCCUGAAAUCUUGCAAGCCAUGGAAGAUGGGAUGGGGAAAUACGGCCCAGAGUGCGACUGGUGGUCUCUGGGUGUCUGCAUGUAUGAAAUGCUUUACGGAGAGACCCCCUUCUACGCAGAGUCCCUGGUGGAAACCUAUGGGAAGAUCAUGAAUCACAAGGAGAGAUUCCAGUUCCCCUCACACAUCGGGGAUGUAUCGGAGUCGGCUAAGGAUCUGAUCCAGCGGCUGAUCUGCAGCAGAGAGCGCAGGCUGGGACAGAAUGGGAUAGACGACUUUAAAACACACCCGUUUUUUGAAGGAAUCAACUGGGAGAACAUCAGGAAUAUGGAAGCACCUUAUAUUCCCGAUGUCAGCAGUCCGUCCGACACGUCAAACUUUGAUGUGGAUGAUGACAUCCUGAGGAAUCCGGAAAUGGUUCCCCCCAGUACACACAGCGGGUUUUCAGGCUUCCACCUUCCUUUUGUGGGAUUUACAUACACAACGGAGAGUUGUUUCUCUGACCGUGGCUCCUUGAAAGAUAUCAUCCACACAAGCGUUGUACCCAAAGACGAGGCAGUACAGCGCGGGCUGGAGAACAGCCUGCAGAUUGACGCCUAUGAGCGCAGGAUACAGCGAUUGGAGCAGGAGAAGCUGGAGCUGAAUAGGAAGCUGCAAGAAUCCACACAGACCGUGCAGUCUCUCCAGGGCUCCACCCGAUCAAUGGGGACCUUAAACCGAGACAAGGAAAUCCGGAAGCUAAAUGAUGAAGUUGAGCGCUUAAAGAAUAAAAUAUCCGAUUCAAAUCGCAUAGAGCGCCAGUUGGAAGAUGUCGUUGCCAUGCGGCAGCAGUUGGAGGACUCGACGAGCAAGCUUAAAGGACUGGAGAAGCAGCAAAGGACACUAAAGCAGGAGCGGGAUGACCUCCAGAAGCAACUGUCGGAAGCUCAAGAGAGGUUGAAAGCUCAGACGAAGGAACUGAAAGAUGCGCACCAGCAGAGAAAGUUCGCCCUGCAAGAGUUUUCCGAGCUUAACGAGAAGAUGGCCGACCUCCGUUCUCAGAAACAAAAGCUUUCUCGUCAGCUCCGGGACAAGGAGGAAGAACUGGAAGGCGUUGUGCAAAAACUAGACUCCAUGCGUCAAGAAAUGCGGAAGUCCGAGAGAACCCGCAAAGAGCUGGAAGCUCAGUUUGAAGGGGUCACCGCUGAGGCCUCGAAAGAACGCAAAUUAAGAGAACACAGCGACAACUUUUCUAAGCAGUUGGAAAGUGAACUGGAAGCGCUGAAGUUGAAGCAAGGUGGUCGCACCCCUGGGGUGACGUUGGAGCACCAGCAGGAGCUGUCCAAGGCGAAGACCGAGCUGGAGAAGAAAAUCUUGUACUACGAGGAGGAAUUGCUGCGGCGAGAGACCUCUCACUCCUUGGAAAUCAAGAACAUAAAGAAGGGAAUACACGACUCUGAGAGCCAGCAGCUCGCCCUUCAGAAAGAAAUUCUCAUCUUAAAGGAUAAGCUGGAGAAGUCCAAGCGGGAGAGGCAAAGCGAAAUGGAGGAAGCAGUGGGAACGGUGAAGGAGAAGUACGAGCGAGAGAGAACCAUCGUUUUGGAGGAGAAUAAAAAGCUUACCACGGAGACAGAGAGGCUCUGUUCUUUCGUGGAUAAACUAACUGCACAAAACAGACAAAUGGAAGAUGAGCUCCAGGACCUGACAGCUAAGAAGGAAUCGGUCGCCCACUGGGAAGCUCAGAUUGCAGAAAUCAUUCAGUGGGUAAGUGACGAAAAGGACGCCCGAGGUUAUCUUCAGGCCUUGGCGUCUAAGAUGACAGAAGAACUGGAGACGUUAAGAAGUUCCAGUCUUGGCUCUCGAACCCUGCAUGAAAUGCCCUUUCAGCAAGGACUGACCCCUUACAGUUCUGAUAGGCUGGACCCGCUGUGGAAGGUCCGCCGCAGCCAGAAACUGGACAUGUCUGCGCGACUGGAGCUGCAGUCUGCUCUGGACGCCGAACUGCGUGCCAAACACAUAGUGCAGGAGGAGCUGAGGAAGGCGAAAGAUGCAAAUAUUUCAUUUGAGAAUAAGCUGAAAGAGGCGGAUGCUAGAACCACGGAGCUGCAGGAAGAAAUGGAAAGCUUAAAGAAGAAGCUGAAAGACAAAGACGACAGUGGGCUUAAGCUUCCUGACUUCCAGGAGUCGAUUUUUGAAUAUUUCAAUACCUCUCCCCUGCCACACGACCUGAGGAGCAGCAUCAUCAGUGAUCAAGAAAUCCCUACGCCCAAACUGGAGACCUCCCCAGCACUUUUAGCUCCGUCAGCCCAGGAACAGCAGCCCGAGGAGUCUGCACGAACGCAAACUCGGACGCCACCUGCGCCUUCUCCCACUUUUACACCAAUUUCAAUCACUAUUCCUAAGCCCAAGGCCCACCAGCUCGCCAUAAAGUCUUUUACCAGCCCUACCCAGUGCUCCCACUGCACGUCGCUCAUGGUGGGAAUAGUACGCCAAGGCUACGCCUGCGAAGUGUGUCCUUUUGCUUGUCACGUGUCGUGUAAGGACAGCUCUCCACAAGUGUGUCCCAUUCCAGCUGAGCAGUCUAAGAGACCUCUGGGAGUGGAUGUACAGCGCGGCAUUGGAACGGCCUAUAAGGGCUAUGUACGGAUCCCAAAACCCACAGGAGUGAAGAAAGGGUGGCAGAGGGCGUACGCCGUGGUAUGUGAUUGCAAGCUCUUUCUGUACGAUGUUCCAGAAGGAAAGUCCACACAGCCCGGAGCUAUAGCCAGCCAGGUCGUGGACCUCAGAGAUGAAGAGUUUUCCGUCAGCUCGGUUUUGGCAUCAGAUGUGAUACAUGCCACCCGUAAAGACAUUCCCUGCAUAUUUAGGGUGACAGCUUCUCUUCUAGGUGCCCCUUCCAAAACCACAACUUCUCUGCUCAUCCUGGCCGAGAACGAGACGGAGAAGAGGAAGUGGGUCGGGAUCCUGGAAGGCCUGCAGGCCAUUUUACAGAAGAACAAUCUGAGAAACAAAGUGGUACACUGCCCACAGGAAGCCUACGACAGCACUCUGCCCCUUAUAAAAACCAUUGUGGCCGCAGCUAUAAUAGAUCGAGACCGGAUAGCUGUCGGGACAGAAGAGGGGCUGUAUGUAAUAGAGGUGACUAGAGACGUGAUCGUUCGGGCAGCAGACUGUAAGAAAGUUUAUCAGAUUGAACUGGCUCCGAAGGAGAAGAUUGUGGUCAUAGUGUGCGGCCGAAACCAUCACGUGCACCUAUUCCCCUGGUCCUCUCUAGAUGGAUCGGAGGGCAGCUUUGACAUCAAACUCCCAGAGUCCAAGGGCUGCCAGUUCAUCACGACGGGGACGCUGAAGAAAUCGGCCUCCUCUUGUUUGUUUGUGGCAGUCAAACGUCAGAUCCUUUGUUACGAGAUCCAGAGAACUAAACCAUUCCAUAAAAAAUGUAACGAAAUCCUGGCCCCGGGAAACGUGCAGUGGAUGGCUAUGUUUAAGGACAAGCUCUGCGUCGGCUACCAGUCGGGGUUCUCCCUAUUAAAUAUCCACGGAGACGGACAGGCUAUAAAUCUUGUGAAUCCCAACGACCCCUCCCUGGCCUUCCUCUCUCAGCAGCCUGUGGAUGCGCUGUGCGCCGUGGAUCUUGGUAGUGCCGAAUAUCUGCUUUGCUUCAGUCAGACGGGAGUGUACGUGGAUUUGCAAGGUCGCAGGACGCGCUUACAGGAACUCAUGUGGCCCGCCACCCCUGUAUCUUGCAGUUGUAGCUCCUCCUAUGUUACCGUUUACAGCGAGUAUGGCGUCGAUGUGUUUGAUGUCCACUCCAUGGAAUGGGUGCAGACUGUUGGAUUAAGAAAGAUCAAGCCAUUAAACGUAGAAGGUUCCCUGAAUUUGCUGAACUCCGAGCCGCCGCGCCUUCUUUAUCUGAAGAGCACGUAUUCAGAGGGGCCUAUUCUCACCGUACCAGAGACCUCUGAUAACAGCAAAAAGCAAAUGGUUAGGACCAGAAGUAAAAGGAGAUUUGUGUUUAAAGUGCCGGAGGAGGAGAGGUUGCAGCAACGGAGGGAGAUGCUUAGAGAUCCUGAACUAAGGUCAAAGAUGAUCUCCAACCCGACUAACUUCAACCACGUGGCACACAUGGGCCCAGGAGACGGGAUGCAAGUGCUUAUGGAUCUCCCUCUGAGUGUUUUGCCAUCUUCCCAAGAGGAAAAUCCUCGUGAGAGAACGCGUCCACCUUCCACCAACAUUACGCGACAGCAGCAGCUGAGAAGCAGAUCUUACAUUUCGUGGCCUUCUUCAGGUGGUGGAGACUCCUCACGAAGUAUAUCGGAUGUUGACCAGGACCUUGAAAGAGAGCCGGAUUCCGAUUCCACCAAACAUUCUACUCCUUCAAACAGUUCAAACCCCAGCGGCCCGCCGAGUCCAAACUCCCCGCAUAGGAAUCAACUGACAUUGGACGGCCUGGACCAAUCAGCCUGUGACGCAUAGAGCGCUCCCUCUCUCCGCAACAGGGGUGUGAUCUAGUGCAUCACUCCCCACACUACAGUGCCAAGAUGUGUUGCACAAAUUCUAAACCCCGUUAUUGUAGAUACAUUAAAAGUUUAAAAAUCAAAAAAAAAAAAAAAAAGGGUUUAAUAUAUGUGAUCAAGCUUUUAUAUGCAAAACAAGUUCACUGUUUCUAAUAGCCGUUCCGCUCUAUUUGUUUUACACUACAGAGGUAUGAUAGGAUGUUUUUGUUAAUUUUCCUUUUGAACUGUCACCCUUUUUGUAUGAUGCUGCUAGUUUCUGACAACAACAAAAACAAACCGAUGAGGAAACGCAAAGGCUGCUACCGCGAUGGCUAACUGGUAUCGGUAAACGAGAUGUUUUGUUAGGAAAAAUGUUUUUAAAUACAAGUGAUUUAGCCAGGAAGAUUUUUUGUAUAGGAAUGUAUAGCUACUCGCCUAGAUCAGUUUAGAUUUGUUUCUUCGGCUGUUGCCUACAACAAACAGUGUUAUAGAUUUGUUAUAACACAACCUGGAUCUUAGCGACAACGUUAUGUCCUGCGACUGCAUUAGGAUUAAAAAUCCGAGCCUUUUUCCUGCAUAUUGGAAGGCUGCAAAACCUCUUUCUCUUCUUCCGUCAGUAUUUUGCUCUUAGCGAUGAUGAAAUCGCACCAUCAAUAUGCAUUGUGCUCUUUAAUAGAGAAUUGGCUUUGUAUUAUGAUUCUAAAUUUCACUUUACAAUUUGUUUGUGUGUCUGUGUAGCUAGCUGCACAAAGCAAAGAUAGCCAGUCUACCACUUCAUUAGGAAUUAGUGACAGAAGUGGGUGCUGAGGCACCUGGUUCCUCAGAGAUUUUAGACGUUUCAGGAAUGGAUAAACUGAAUAUUGGUUCAGCUAAGCAGUAGUGGCCCCACCUCGUCAGGGCAAUGUGUCUUUUAAAACGUCCUGCGAAGUAAAAACACAAACGUUUUAAAACUAUUCUCAAAAGGAGCCACAAUGUGCGUUUCAUAGCCGCUCACAGGAAACUGUACACCUAGGGGUCAAUUCAGUUAUAUGGGAGGGGUUGAGGUAACCGUUGUUACGGCAUGGAAACACCGCCAGAAGCACUGCAGCUCGCCCUGACUCAUAGUUUGUGCGAAGCCCUACGGCGGUACCGUAAGUGGGGUAUAUAGCCGAACUUCACUACAAUAAGUCAUUGUCUAAUUUAAUUAAGCUCUAUAUUCCUUAUUACACCUCCCUAUAUGCAUCUUAGGAGCUCAAAGCUCUCAAUUCCCAAAUGAACAAUGGCCUUCAUAAUUUUUUAUAACCUCAUAAACAUGAGGAUGGGGGUUUGUAUUAAUUAGCCGCACGGUUCCAUGGUUUAGAUUUCCGUGUGAUGUGAUCUUUGUUACCAUUGCCAGUUUGCCUGGAUGCACAUUAUGUGCAAAGUUACUACGGAACCUUUAGGCUAAAUCAGGGCUGGCCAAAGCAGUCCUCGAGAUCUACCAACAGUUCACAUUUUCCAGACCACCUAGCUGGUGCACAGGUGUAGUCAUUACUAAUUAAGAUGUGCUGCAUUCAUUCCUAACUGACAAUUCUACAGAUCUCCAUGAGGCCUGGAAAACAUGAAUUGUUGGUAGAUCUCGAGGACCCGUUUGGCCAGCCCUCGGCUAAAUGAAUUGUUCCAAUGUGACCUCUGAUCAUUUUUAAAAGCUACAUCCAGCAACGUUUUACAGAUGUCUGCUCUGUUCCAAUUACUGACACAUUGUGUCUGCCCUUAGAACGUCUGAACGUUGUACCUGUGAACUAGUUGUCUACUAGUCAUAUAUAAUAUUUAUUAUUGUCCACAUUAAAAGAACACUGUGUUUUUUUUGUAGUAGAAUGCUUAACGGCCCCGACCUUUUGCCUUUACGUUUUGACUGAUGUGAAUAUCCCAAAUAGGGCACAAUAUCAAAGGGAUUUUUAACGCUCUAGCUAUUUUUAAUGCCAACCAAAGCCGGUAGUUAACUUGUUUCACUGCCAGGUGGAUCUGCAGUUCCAUUGCGCACCAUAGGACUUUUUUUUUUUUAUUAUUAUUAUUUUUGCAGGGCAGUGUGGCAUUACAAAGGUUAAAUACAUACAUAGCUUUCGUGUUGCUUUUUAUUUUUUAAAUUAAGACGGCUUUUACAGCGCCUGCCCCUUUAACUCUGAGACCAGAAGGUUUUACUCCAACACGCAAGUGGUAAAUUGUAUAUGUGCUUGCAUGAAGAACACGUGAAUAUUAUUAGCUGUCUAAUCAUGUCAAAAUUUGAAUUCCAACCACAUGUAUAUUUUGCUUCAGUCCAUGCCAUGUAUAUGGCACCAUGUGUAUAUUUAAUCUCCAUGCUUCCAUGUAUAAAUACAUUUUAUAAUCCAAGAUCAUGUCCCAUUAAAAGCUUGUAAUUAUUAUAUUUUUUUAUUUUAUUUUUUUCAUUCUCGUUGGCUGUCAUAUCCAUUUUGUCCCUGUCACACUAGCGUGCCUUCUGUGCCAAUUCUCAAACAGAUGGAUUGUUAUUAAUUUAAGUUUUUUUGGUUUUAAUGGGCUAAUGGUGUAAACUGAAUUUUUUUUUUCAUUUUCAGAAGACACUGUAUAGGAAUUACAACUUAUUUUUAGGUUUUAAUCAAAAGUGACGUAGUCUACAAAUCUGUUGCGUGAUGGUUCAUCCGUGUGCUUCAGACUGCUCGAGUCGGGGGCCAAACACUACUGCUUUUGGGGGAGGGAAGGGUGUCUGGAUUUUACUUAUUUCUGUUUAUAAGUUGUCUUUGUAAUUAUGAAUUGUAAGAAUGUUUUUGUUUUUUCUUUUUAAAAAAGUGACCUAUUAAUAAAUCAGCAGUUGGGCAGUUUUGAACUUCACACUGGUCUGUCCUUGACAUAUUAAAAUAUUUUACAUGGAGGCACAAUUGUUCAUUUGAAUGUAGUAAUUUUAUUUUGCCUACAUUUUAAUAUAUUUUUUUUCUUUUUAAUGCAAAUAUUUAGCUCAUACAGGGUAAAAUUUCCAGGUCAGUAUGUGGCCUAACCCUCAAGUUUUAAUUAGUAAUUUAAAAAAUAUGCCCUGGUCCCUAAAAGGAAAUGAUCAUCUUGAAAAUUAAUAUCUUAUUGCAGUUUAAUGUGUUAAUUUGAAAUGUAACUUAUUCAUUUAAAAAACAAAACAUAGUUUUUAUUUUGUCUCUCUUCACGAUGCUCCAUCCUUUUUUCUUUUUAAUUUUAGAUACUUUGUACAGGUUUUCAGUUGGUAGACGGCACACUCAUCAGUGUUGGUGGCCGCUUCUUUGUGUGUAAGUGACCUUUAAGGGGUUUAUUCUGUGACUAGAUGCUCUGCAGUCAUAGCAAUGCAAUGUAGGGGAGGAGCAUCAGAGCUAAAUAUUGUGAAAAUUAAAUAUUUUUCAAUAAAUUGGCAAUAGUUA